AUGAGGGCGCUUGCCCCGCGCUGGGCGGCUCUGGCCGUGCGGGCGGCGGGCGGGCGGUGGGCGCCGCCCGUCCCCCCGCGCCGCGGGCGUAGCGGCCCCGGCCCGCCCGCGCCGCGGGAGUGGGCGCUGCCCGUGAGCCCGCGGGGGCGGCUGCGGGUGCGGCUGCCGUGCCAGGUGAGCGUCCGCCCGCUGGACCCGCAGCGCUGGCCGGGCGCGGACCGUGUGCUGGUGGCCGUGAGCGGCGGGAGCCCCGCGCCCCGCGGGCGGGAGCGGGAGCCCGUGCGGGUGGAGCACGACGAGGCACUGGGGCAGGUGGCGAUCGUGGCGGACGGCGUGGACAGCAAGGCCGCCGUGGAGGUGCGGACGCCGGUGAAGUUCGAUUUGGAUAUCAAAACAUCAGGGACUGGCUGUGUGAAGAUUCAGAAAAUAGAAUGUGAUAACUGCAAAAUAGAAACGGAGAAGGGGACUAGUGUCUUGCAGUCAAUAAAGAGCCAUAAAAUUGAUAUACGGACAAAUGGUGGCAAAGUCAUUGGUCUUGGAACGCUUUAUGGAAAUACAGAUAUUUGUGCAACAGAGAAGGGGAGUGUGAAUAUAGAGAAGCUGCAAGGGACAACCAUCAACAUAUCUACUGAAGAUGGGCUGCUGAAAACUAAGUAUCUCUAUGCAGAAUCGGCAUCUCUCUCUUCAGUAGCUGGUGAUAUUAUGCUGGGAAGUAUUCAUGGUAACACCACCCUUCAGACCAAAACAGGGAGUAUCACAGUAGAUUCUUCAGAUGGAAGUCUAAAAGCUUCUACAUACCACGGGACAAUAGAUGUUUAUGUCAGUCAAUUAAGAAAAGUGGAUCUGAAAUCCCAGAAAGGUUCAAUUACAGUCAAGGUACCUGCCUCUCUCAAAGCCUAUUUAGAGUUGUCUGGAAGAAAAGUGGAUGUGAACUCAGAGAUCCAGUUAAAAGAAACACAGAGAACCUCCAAAGAUGAUCACGUAACUAUAAGUGGUCACAUGAAUCAAAAGGAUGAAACAGACAAAUGGAUUAAGGCUGACACACAAAAUGGCAAAGUAUAUCUUAAAAGCCAAAGUUGGAUCCAGUCUGUCAAGCUGAAGAGUUCUUAAUGGUGAAAUAGGCCAAAGAGAUUAAAUCAAGAAAUUGUAAAGGAACAUUUGUGUAAAAUUAUGGAACUUUGUUGAUGUAUAUUCUUAAUAUAAAAGAGAAAGGAUAUUAAAAAUUGAGGGUGUUUUAAUCCAAGAUUUGCCUGUGACAGUGCUGGUGCUAAACAGGUCUGAUGUACUUUUAGUGCCUUUUAGGAAUAAGAUGGUCUUACAUAUUCAGAAUUUAUAUACCUUGACCCACUUACCAUAUCAGUUUAAAAGCUGGUAGGUUUCAAACAAAAGUUUGGAAUUGUCAUUUAAAAAUAAAAAGCAUAUCCGACACUUCUUAUCUCCAGAUACGAGAAUUUACUUCCAAGUUGACGUGCUUUGCAAGCUCUGUUACACUUUUAAAUUAAAUGUCUCAAUACUGUUGAAAUUCUAUUGGUUUAUGCAAAAUGCAGAGAAUUUUCUUUAAUCAAAUUGUCUCUUGUGAAUAGGAUAAAAUCACUUUCAGAACUGUAGUUCUUCUGUGGUCUUCUCAUUUGGUGUUUGAACUGUAAGUAGUUUCUGCCUUGUCAGUGGAUACUCUGUAAAACUAUUGCUGUGAAAUGGCAAAACUUGCUCCAUGUCUUCUUGAACUGCUUGUUUCUGGAUAGGAAUAAGAGCUCUAGCUAUGUCUGCUGCUGAUCAUCUGCAAAGAAAAGCUUUUAAAGUAAA